AUGUCGACGACUCAGCCAGCAAACUCGGUAACAACGCCGCCAACGAUAGACAAGACCGCGACAGGGACUCAAGUAUCAUGGUGGGAAGGAUUUGCGGCUGAAAAUCCUUACUUCCAGGCCGGCUUCGGCCUAAUGGCCAUGGGUGUCGGCCUCACCGUUCUCCGACAGGCCACUGUUGUUGGCACAACUGCACUACAGCGGAGACUCUUGGUGUCACUUGAAAUCAACAACAAGGACAGAGCAUACGAAUGGUUCUUGACAUGGAUGGCCCACCAGUCCAAUGCUCCAUCUACUAUGCGCAACAGGGCUGCGUCCUGGAUUCGAAGUCACCAGCUCAGCGUCGAGACGACGGUUGAACAGCGGAAGAACGGGAGUUCCUCCGCUGCCUUUAGGCUCGUUGCUGGUCCAGGAAACCAUUACUUCCGCUACAAGGGCGCAUGGAUGCAGGUCAAACGAGAACGAGAGACCAAAUCGAUGCAGCUAAUGUCCGGAACGCCUUGGGAGACCGUGACCCUCACCACUCUCUCUCGGGAUCGCAACCUCUUCACUGAACUCUUAUCAGAAGCCCGUGACAUGGCCAUGCGCACUCAACAAGGAAAACUCGUCAUCCACACCGCUUGGGGAAUCGAAUGGCGACCUUUCGGUCAACCGCGGGAGAAGCGUCCUAUCCAGAGUGUCGUCCUCGCAGAUGGUGUCGCUGAAAAAAUCGAAAGCGAUGUGAAAGCUUUCCUAGAUCGCAGAAAAUGGUAUGCAGACAGAGGUAUUCCAUACCGGAGAGGCUAUCUUCUCUACGGACCUCCGGGAUCGGGCAAAACCUCGUUUAUUCAAGCCCUGGCUGGAUCGUUGUCCUAUGAUAUCUGCGUCCUCAACCUUUCUGAAAGAGGACUGACGGACGACAAACUUUUCCAUCUGCUUUCGAACGUGCCAGAGCGUAGCUUCAUCCUUAUGGAGGAUGUUGACGCUGCCUUCAAUAAACGAGUCCAAACUUCUGAGGAUGGAUACCAGUCGUCGGUCACGUUCUCCGGAUUCCUUAAUGCAUUGGACGGUGUCGCAUCCGGCGAAGAGAGGAUUAUCUUCCUCACCACCAACCACCUGGAAAAGCUCGACCCCGCCCUUAUACGCCCUGGUCGUGUGGACCUUGCAGAGCUCAUCGACGACGCCCAUCCAAACCAGGCCCGAACCUUGUAUGAACGCUUCUACGGAGGCGGUGAAGCAGUCACUGGUUUACCAGACGAGAAAGUCAAAUCCCUGGCCCGAAAAUUGGAAUCCAUCGUCGAGACGGAAUGGUCAGCUGGACGAAAAGUCAGCAUGGCAGCUCUCCAAGGGCACUUUAUUCAGUCUGACGCUCAGGCUGCUGUAGAUACCUGUCAUAUCUUGUUCAAGUAG